GGGUCGUGGCCCCGCCCCCUUGCGCCUCGGUUCCGUCCCCGGCUUCCCGUGGGGCCGCGCGGCGCGCGGGAAGGGAAAAUGGCGGCGGCGCUGGCCGAGCGGAGCUGCCUGGAGCUGAGCGGGGCCGAGCGCGGCCCGCGCCGCCGGGUCCGGGAGCUCGCGCUGAGCCCGCCAGGUGCCAGCGCAGGCCCCGGAACCGGGCGCUACGCGGACAGCGCUGGCGGGUUCUGCUACCAGGAGAGCGCCCAGCUGGUGUCAGUCACCAGGAACCGCUUCAUCCACUGGACUACUUCUGGAGACACUUUGGAGCUGGUGGAGGAGUCUCUGGAUAUAAACCUCCUGAAUAAUGCCAUUCGACUCAAAAUCCAGAACUGUAGCCUCUUACCUGGAGGAGUGCAUGUGUGUGAGACACAGAAUCUCGUCGUCAUCUUGAUUGUGACCAAUCAGACUGUGCACCGUCUGGUACUGCCACACCCUGCUCGGAUGUACAGGAGUGAGCUGAUAACAGAGGGCCAGAUGCAGUCUGUAUUUACAGAUAUUGGAAAAGUUAAUUUUAGAGACCCUUCAAACUACCACAUGAUCCCCUCCAUUCCUGGACUGGCCUCUAAUUCCACUGCUUCAGCAGCUUGGCUUAGCAGUGAUGGGGAGGCUCUCUUUGCUCUGCCGUCUGCUUCAGGAGGAAUAUUUGUCCUCAAGCUACCUCCUCAUGAUGUGCAUGGGAUAGUUUCAGUUGUGGAGCUGAAGCAGAGCUCUGUGAUGCAACGUUUGCUUACAGGUUGGAUGCCAACUGCUAUCAGAGGUGACCAAGGCCCUUCAGACCUUCCUGUUAGCCUCUCCGUUCACUGCCUUGAACAUGAUGCCUUCCUAUUCGCACUCUGCCAGGAUCACAAACUCAGGAUGUGGUCUUACAAAGACCAAAUGUGUCUGAUGGUAGCCGAUCUGCUGGAGUUCGUGCCUGUGAAUAAGGACCUGAGGCUCGCUGCUGGAACGGGACACCGAUUGCGGCUGGCCUAUUCGCAGUCACUGGGGCUCUACCUUGGUGUUUAUAUGCAUGCACCCAAGCGAGGACAGUUCUGUGUCUUCCAGCUGGUGAGCACUGAGAGUAACCGCUAUAGUCUUGACCACAUAUCCUCCCUAUUCACCUCUCAGGAGACGCUUGUUGAUUUUGCCUUAACACCAGCUGAGAUCUGGGCACUGUGGCACGAUGAUGAGAAUCAGACUAUUGUGAAAUACAUCAACUUUGAGCAAAAUAUUGCAGGCCAGUGGAACCAAGUUUUUGUGCAGCCUCUGCCGGAAGAAGAAGUGAAUAUUAGAGAUGACCAAGACCCUAGGGAAACUUAUUUGGAGUCUCUCUUCAUGCCUGGUCGGUUCACAAAUGCUGCUCUACUCAAAGCUCUACAGAUCUUUUCCCGAGGCGGAGAGAGAAUCAUGGAUCUGACCUGGGAUGAGCUGAAAAAAGAGGUGACCUUAGCGGUGGAAAAUGAGCUCCAGGGCAGUGUGACAGAAUACGAAUUCUCCCAGGAAGAGUUUCGACAGUUACAGGUUGAGUUCUGGUCCAAGUUCUAUGCCUGCUGCCUUCAGUACCAAGAAGCACUUUCACGCCCUCUUGCUCUCCACCUGAAUCCAUAUACUAACAUGGUGUGCCUGCUAAAAAAGGGAUUCCUGUCUUUCCUUGUGCCCUGUUCCCUGGUGGAUCAUCUGUAUCUCUUGCCUGAUGAGCAUCUGUUGACUGAGGAUGACAGCACCAUCUUUGAUGAUCUGGAGAUGUCUCGCGAUGUCGUGUGCCUUGUCCAGUGCCUUCGGCUGAUUGGAGAAUCUAUUUCCAUGGAAAUGGCAUUCGUCAUGGAAAUGGCUUGCUCCCGCCUUCAGCCUCCAGAGAAGGCUGCAGAGCAGAUCCUGGAAGACUUGAUAGCCAAUGACACAGAGAAUGUGAUGGAAGAUAUUCACAGUAAGCUGCAGGAGAUCAGAAACCCUAUCCAUGCCAUUGGGGUGCUGAUCCGGGAAAUGGACUAUGAGACGGAGCUGGAAAUGGAGAGAGCUCAGCCCCUCAACGUGCGAAUGAACCUCUCUCAGCUCUAUGGUAGUGGCACAGCAGUGACUGUGGUAUGCCGGGGUGUGUGCAAGAUGGCCACCACCCGCUUCCUAAUCUGCCGGGACUUGUUGAUUUUACAGCAGCUGUUGCUGAGGCUAGGCGAUGCUAUGAUUCUGGGAGGGGGCCAGCUGUUCCAGUCUCAGCAGGACCUGCUACAUCGCACCUCUCCCUUGCUGUUGUCUUAUUACCUGAUCAGGUGGGCGAGUCAGUGCUUGGCGUCGGACGUUCCAGUCGACACGCUGGAAUCCAACCUGCAGCACUUGUCUGUACUGGAGUUAACAGACACCACAGCCUUAACACCACAUAAACUAGUGUCCAGCCCUCAGACAAUCGUGGAAUUAUUUUUUCAGGAAGUGGCCAGAAAACACAUAAUAUCUCACCUCUUCUCCCAGCCUAAUACCUCUCUGAGUGAAACUAGUUUGAACUGGCCUCAUCUGAUCACUGCAAUUGCCGCUGAUCUCCUGCCACUCUUAUGGCCCAGUAAUCCUGGCUUCCUCUUCCCAGAAUGUUUGAUGGGCAGUUGUCAGUACACCCAGCUACAGGAAUACAUUCGCCUGCUGCAGCCCUGGUGUCACGUGAACGUGGGUUCCUGUCGCUUCUUGAUGGGAAGAUGUUACCUUGUUAUGGGCGAGGGACACAAGGCUCUGGACUGUUUCUGUCAGGCUGCAUCUGAAGUUGGAAAAGAGGAGUUCUUGGACAGGCUGAUCCGAGCUGAGGACGGCGAGAUGGCUUCCACCCCGCGCCUGCAGUAUUAUGACAAGGUCCUGCGAUUGCUGGACAUUAUUGGUUUACCUGAACUGGUCAUCCAGUUAGCAACGCUAGCAAUCACAGAAGCAGCUGACGACUGGAGAAGCCAGGCUACUUUGAGGACGUGCGUUUUCAAACAUCACUUGGAUUUAGGGCACAAUAGCCAAGCGUAUGAAGCCUUAACCCAGAAUCCAGAUUCCAGCAGGCAGCUGGACUGUUUGCGCCAGCUGGUGGUGGUUCUGUGCGAGCGCUCCCAGCUGCAGGACCUGGUGGAGUUCCCCUAUGUGAACCUCCAUAAUGAGGUUGUGGGGAUAAUCGAGUCUCGAGCUCGCGCCGUGGACCUGAUGACUCACAAUUACUAUGAGCUGCUCUACGCUUUCCACAUCUACCGUCACAACUAUCGCAAGGCUGGGACGGUGAUGUUUGAAUAUGGCAUGCGCCUGGGCAGGGAGGUGCGGACGCUCCGUGGGCUUCAGAAACAAGGGAACUGCUAUCUUGCUGCCAUUAACUGUCUACGGCUCAUCCGCCCAGAAUACGCAUGGAUAGUGCAGCCGGCUUCCGGAGCAGUGUAUGAACGCCCAGGAGCAUCCCCAAAGAGAAACCAUGAUGGGGAGUGUACCGCUGUCCCAACAGCACGCCAGAUAGAAAUCUUGGAGCUGGAGGAUUUGGAGAAGGAGUGCAUGUUGGCUCACAUCCGACUAACUCUUGCGCAGCAUGACCCAUCGACAGCGGCUGUUGCAGGAAGCUCUUCACCAGAGGAAAUGGUCACCCUCUUGGUUCAGGCUGGCCUCUUUGACACAGCUGUCUCGCUCUGCCAGACCUUCAAACUCCCCCUGACACCUGUCUUUGAAGGACUGGCUUUCAAAUGCAUCAAACUGCAGUUCGGCGGGGAAGCGGCUCAGGCAGAGGCCUGGGAUUGGCUAGCGGCAAACCAGCUCUCCUCUGUCAUUACCACCAAGGAGUCCAGUGCAACAGAUGAAGCCUGGCGGCUGUUAUCUUCCUACCUGGACAGAUAUAAAUCCCAGAACCAUCUGUAUCAUCACUGUGUAAUCAACAAGCUCCUCUCUCAUGGGGUGCCGCUGCCCAACUGGCUUAUCAACAGUUACAAGAAGGUGGAUGCUGCUGAGCUCCUUCGCCUCUACUUGAAUUACGCCCUCCUGGAGGAAGCCGUGGACUUGGUGUUGGAGUACGUGGACGCCUUACUGGGGAAGGGCCACGAGCACUUUGGGAUUGAGCGUCCGUUGUCUGCUAUAGCACCAAUGGUGUGGCUGCCAUACUCCGCUAUUGACCAGCUGCUUCAGGCCUUGGGAGAGAACACGACGAACCAUCACAGCUUUGUGCUGUACCAGAAGGUGCAGGACAAACUGGAGGACUACCAACAAAAGGUUGACAUGGCAACCCGAGAUCUCUUAUAUCGCCGGAACUAGCAGUCUGCGUGGCCUGACGGGGCUGGAGACCCAGCCCCAGGGAGAGCUUGCAAUGUUCUGCAGUGACCAGGCCUUAUGCAUGGGGCUGUCACCGUGAGUGGGAAGGUCGGGGUCACAUGCCUGCCCCAUGUGCGGCUGGUGGUGCUAUAAUACAAAGUCUAUUUUUCCAUAAUGGUCCAAAAACAGUAUUCCCUGCCCGAGUCAGGGGAUUGGAGAGCUUCUAUUUUUAAUGCGUUGGAGACCCAAUCUGUAUCGCUUUGAUGUAACCACUUUCAAUCAAGAAGACAGUGGGUUAGUUUAUUGCGCUGUAAUUCCCACACUCCGUAAAUCCCAAGUUCCCUCCAUUUCUGUUUUUACUGAAUGCCUUUGGCCGGGAGGUCCUGUCGUUCUUAGCCUGUAUUAUAAAUGGGAAUGAAAGGGUUUGUCAUCUUUAUUUAUUGUGGCGUUUUUGAAUGAUCUUUAAUAAAAUGAAACUUUGUUACAA